AACUAGGACGAUUGACCAAAUAAACGAGAAUAACGGAGCAACGAUGCAAAAUUGUUGCGACGACGGCGAUAACAACGUCGCCUACAAGGAUGUGGUCAUCAUAGGAAACGGGCCUAGUGGAAUAUGCCUUUCUUUUAUGCUCGCUGGAAAUUGGCCUUAUUACACCGGCGAACCACAUCCCGCGGACGAAAUGCUCACGGCUAGGUUGCACUCGAGCAUCAGGUCCGGGAGUGACGAAGAGGAAUGUUGCAAUACAAUGAGCCAGCAACAGCAACAGCAACAACAACAACAACAACAACAAUUAGGAAAUGAAACGAGGUGCUAUCGCUGGCACGAGAAUGAGACUGUCAGGUCGAGAAAAUGUCAGGGGAGAAGCGAAGGAAGGGGAUUGGCAAGCAGUACGCGUUGCAAAUUGGAAUGCCUCUCUUCCGGAUUGGAAGGUAGAAUCGGCGGUCGACCAUUGGCUCUUCUGAUGGACCAGCUUCAACAUCCUUGUGUUGACGCUGGCCUCGAUGUGCCGUCUCUUCUUACCUGGAAAUCGGUCGACCAACAUCCUGAGCACAAAGUGAUCGAUCAUGUUGUGCUCGGCAAAGGUCAACCUGGUGGUUCGUGGCAGUCAAUGGAUCCAAACGUGUUGACCAUCAGUUUGAAUCGAUGGAUGUCGUUGCCUGAUUUAGAUAUAAGGCAAUGGGAGAUAAUGAUCGAGUCCGAGCAACUUCUGGAAACAACUUCUAUGGAGGAUGAGCCGAUGUAUGGGUUUCAAGAGAAACCAAGUGCGUGUAAAACGGCUAGCAGAAUCUCUGUUGGUACAGUGGCUGCCUAUUACGACGAUUACAGACGCUUGUUUUCCAGCGGGACUAUAGUUACUUCGGUGAGACCGAGCCGCGAUUCGGAUGCGUGUUCUCCACAGCAACAGCAACAGCAAGAAGAUGGUUACGAAUGGAUAGUCGAUGGUUUCGAGAAACAGACUGGGAAACCCUUUCGUUAUCGAUGUAGACGAGUCGUUCUUGCUACAGGCACGACCGAUCUGUCAAAUCAGUUGGGUAUACCCGGUGAAGAUUUCCAACUCGAUUGGAUAACGCACGAUUUAAAUGAACUGGAAUCGAAAUUGGAUCGUUUGAUUGAUCAUCAGCAACAUGCAAACGAGAUAGAAGAACGAUGGCAACCAAUCGAUCCGGUACUAGUGAUUGGUUCCGGACUAAGCGCUGCCGAUGCCAUUAUGGCCGCCCGUUUCCGCGGCAUUCCCGUUUUACAUGUAUUCCGUGACUCGUCCAACGAGUGGAACAAAUCAAAUGAGAGGAUACGUACUAUUUACGAUAAAUUACAAGGUUUACCCAGUUCAAUGUAUCCCGAAUAUCACAAGGUAUACGAGAUGAUGGCCGAUGGUGGUACCAAUUAUCCCUUGUAUAAAGCAUUACCAGGAUACACGUUGCUCGGAUUUACCGCAAAUGGGAUUGAUUUCAUUGAUGCCGUAUUUGAAAGACCGUCAAUGAUUACUCUUGCCGAUCCGGACGGAUGUGUGCACACGUUUCGUGUUUCUGCCGUAGCCAUCCUUAUCGGUUACAAGCCUGAUCUGUCUUAUCUGAAAACUGAUAUCGGGCUUGGUAAAUAUCCCGACAAACCCAUAGACGGUAAAUCGAAUCCUAUCGAGGUGGACGAUUUUACUUAUGAAGUAACCAAAUCUCCGAGACCCGGACUUUAUGCCUUAGGUCCUUUAGUUGGUGACAAUUUCGUACGUUAUAUACUUGGUGGAGCGUUUGCAAUUUUAGUUCACAUUUUGAAUACUUCGUCUCCUUCUCUCACU